UGCUGCCGUCAUGUGCCAUCAAGGGAAUGGGAUAAGAAUAGAAGCACAAUGAACAAGCAUAGGGUCUUGGGAAAAAGGGCCGUGUGACUAGGGUUAUUGGAUGUAAAACAUGAGGUUAGGAGGGAUGGCUAAUUAAGCCAUCUUUUACCCACUUCAAAACUAUGCAAGCAAAAUGCUGAGCCCAAGGUCCAAUAGAGCCCAACUGAUAGCCACAUAUUCGUUCACCUAUGGUUAUGCUCCAGAGCUAAUGUAUUAAAUCUCUUUUGAACUAAAGAGAGUGUAAACACUUAAAAUUUAACUGAAUUGUUAGUAAGUCUGUGUUGUCAGGUUCUCCAAAAAAAUCAGCACUCUGCUAAAAAAGGUCCCCUGCCUUUCUCAUUUGUGUCUCUAUACCGGAAACCUGCCUUCUCAUUUGAGGGAUCCUGUCACAAAAAUGUGUGAGUCCUUGGAUAAAUUUGGCUUGGUGACGGCAAUGCUUUCUUCAGAGACACUGCCACUUCCAUGCUCCUUUUCUACCCUGACAAAAAUUUCUGAAAGCUGCUCGGGGAUGUCUGACUAGCUUCAAUGGAGCUCCACUACCUUGCUAAGAAGAGAAGCCAGGCAGACCUGUGCGAUGCUGUAGACUGGAGUUCAGGAGGGCCUCCUGGUGACCAGGUAGGUGCAGCAGCCACCAAAGCUGCUCUCUGCUGCCAGAAACACUGUAUGUCAACCCCAAGAGCCUCCAAGAUGGAAGAGUCUAAACUUAGCCCUUCUCCAGUAGACCCCUCGUCCUCUCUGCAAGACAGUGUUAUUCAGCCAGACUCCUUGCCAUCAGGACCUCUCAACUCAGGGAACGACCCAGUAACAGCAGAACGGAAAGUCUGCAACUGCUGCAGCCAGGAAUUAGAAACUUCUUUCACUUACGUGGAUGAGAAUGUCAACUUGGAGCAGAGGAACUGGAGCUCCCCUUCCACAAAGGGGAGUAGUCACAUGGGAGACCUGGGCUGGGGAAGUACAGAUGAAUGGUCCCAUGAGGCUGCCAUAUCCUUGAUAUCUGAGGAUGAAGAUGACACAAGUUCAGAAGCCACAUCUUCAGGGAAGUCAGUAGACUAUGGUUUCAUCAGCGCCAUCUUGUUCUUGGUCACUGGCAUCUUGCUGGUGAUCAUCUCCUACAUUGUCCCACGGGAAGUGACUGUGGAUCCCAACACCGUGGCAGCCCGGGAGAUGGAACGUCUGGAGAAGGAGAGUGCAAGGCUGGGGGCUCACCUGGACCGCUGUGUGAUUGCUGGACUCUGCCUGCUAACGCUUGGGGGAGUUGUUCUCUCCUGUUUGCUAAUGAUGUCUAUGUGGAAGGGGGAACUGUAUCGUCGCAACAGGUUUGCCUCUUCCAAAGAGUCUGCAAAACUGUAUGGUUCUUUCAACUUCAGGAUGAAAACCAGCGCUAAUGAAAACACCUUGGAACUGUCCUUGGUAGAGGAAGAUGCUCUUGCUGUCCAGGGUUAAUUCUGAUUGUCAACUGCCUUGAGAGUCUGCCUUGGCAUUUUAUAUGAAAACAAACCACAUUUCUUAAAAUUAAUAGUGCAAUUUUUUACCUGGCAAGAAAAGUUUAUUUCCCAAACCAACAGCCAGUGUUUUUGUUCUCUAUGUAUUUUUUAUUUAGAGGAAAAGCCAUGUAAGAUACAUUAGAUAACCACAAACAGCUACACCUGUCCUUCUAAAGUACUGAAACUAACUAAUCUGUAGUAGCUAUCUUCUAUCUCUAUAGGAAAACAUUUCUCAUGACCCAGUGUACAAAUUAUUUCUUUGACACAAUCUUGGAUAUUAUUCUUUGGACACUAGGAGAUUGUACAUACAGUAGGAUCAAUUAGUAACCUAUUUUGUGAAAAAGAACUUAAGCACUAAUCACAUAAUAAGGCUUACAUUUAAUUAUCAAAGGUGCUUAUGCUUAUCCGUUUUCUUGCUAUUAUUUUUUCUUCCCAUAAUUUGGCUGAAUACUAAAAUGUUGGGUUUUGUAUUUGAAUAUUUUGAAGCUUAAAUGUGUUGAUUAUUUUUAAAUAUGUAAAAGCACAUGUGUUUAUUUAAUUAAAUUAUUCCUGUACUCAGAAGUGGUAACUAAGUCAUUAGAAUGAACUUUCUAGUAAAAGAAAAUUACGUAAAUCAUUAUAAGACCAAUCUGGAUUUGACUCAGAAUGGUAGUGCCAGAUAUUAGCCAGUGUUGCAUGUCCAUUUUCUAGAUAACAUAAAAUUAGUUGCUGAUAUAAAUUUCAUUUUCAAUGUGUUCUUUAGCUAUCAUACUGGUUACCCAUACUCUUGAAGUCUUUCCCAGUUCUCACACUAGAGAGGCAAAGCUUAAGGCAUUUUCAAUAUAUUUCCAGCAUCCAAAAAUUCAGGCAGGUCUGAGUCAUGGUUGGCUCAGGCACAGUCCCAGGUGAUGUUUUGUUGUUACUGUUUGGAGAAAACUUCCAAUACACUUGCAGCUAGAUUUUUGGGGACUGUGCCUAGAAUCCAGUAUCACUUGCUGUAGCCAAGCAACUAGCCAUUGCCCCAAGAUGGCAGCAAUCCUUAAGCCCACAGCCAAAAAAUUAAAAUGAGUAGAGAGAGAAAGAUUAAACACACUCAUUUAGUGGGAACUGCAUUCCUCACCAGAACUCACCUCCCACCUAACAGUGGUCUAGGCAUCAUUCUGAGAGCCUAAAAUCCAGGCCCUCAUGAGGUUCAGACUUGCUGGAUGAGAGGGAUGAUGAGCAAGUAGUCACAACCUUGCAAAACACAUACCCACAGCACACAUUAAUACUCUAUCUUGGUAAGGUUAUGGUUCAGGAAACAGGUGGGGAGCACACCUCAGAAAUAGCUUGUAGUUUGUAGUUAUUCCCUAAGGUGUUUCCAAUCUCCCACUGCAAGAGUUGUUUUAACUUCCAUUACUGUGCUGCCAGGAACAGUGGGGUCAUCCUUAAAGAGGACUGGAGCUGGGACCUGGGGUGGGAGGGCAGGGAUGGGGAAGGGAGAAAGUGAGAAAGUUAUAUCUUUUUAGAAUCUAAAGACUAAUUCUAAUGCCUGAAGUUUUUGUUGUUAUUGAGGAAUGUGAAAUAUGUGGGUGACUUUGGCUGGCAGAUUGUGUGACUCAGAGUACUUAUGUGAAGGAACAGUUGUGGGUGCCAGAGAUGGAUUUGGUGAGUUAGGUACAUUGUGUUACUAAGGGUUAAGAUGAGGGAGGAUCAGAGGUUAGAAAAAAUAGAGAGGACAGGUAUGUAAAAGAAUCAUUAGGUGAGAAAUUUUUAUGGAUAUCAGUGGAAACUAGAUGAAGUUCAAUUACCUUAUCCUAUCUAACUGACUAUUGUUGAUUCAGAAAUAAUUAGGACUAUAUAAACAUGAUUUUUGUUUUCUAUUGCUGGUUGUUUGUGCUUUUUCUUUUACUGUGACUCUCAUGUCAUGGUUUGUGUUGAGGCUACCUUACCAGCAGUAUAAAUUUUAUAUUCUCAAAGUUUAUAAAUAGUCAGAUUUUAGCCUGCUUGAGGACCCACUCUGCAUGAUGUUGAGGCAGUAAGAGAAUGAUCUCCUGGGCUGAAUAACUAGAUCUGAGCUGUGUGUGUGUGUGUGUGUGUGUUUAAAUACAUUAAAAAAAUACAUGUUUAUUCAUAGAAACUAAGUGGGAUCAGCUGAGUUUUGUUUUUAUUUAUUGGUGACACAGGUUUAAUUAGCUAAAUUGCAGACUAAACCAUUAAUAUGCAGCCUGUUUUUCAGCCUAUGAAGAAGACAAAUUUGAGAAUUAAGUGUUAGGAAGUUUUUCAAUUCUAUAAAACUGACAAAGGAGAAAAAGGCCAAAGCUUUUCAUAUGGAAGCAUUUAAUGAAUCUUGCAGUACUUCCAAAUUAUAUAUAGUUCUGAUGUGAUCUAAAGGAUAUAUAUAUAUAUAUAUAUAUAUAUAUAUCCAUGUAUAUAUAUGUAUUAGUUAGGAAAAGAAAAUACUCAGGGGGAAAAAAGACCUAACAAGCCAGAAUAUAUUGCUUCCUUUCCUUGCUUAAAAUUUUAAAGUGAAAUAAAGUAAGUAAAUGCUCACUUAUUUCAACAAUAUUAUUUAAAUCUGCUCAUAUAUAAGGCACAUCUUUUUUAGGGUUCCACAUAUGACAACAGACCAUUACUGCAAAAGGAACCAAUUCAGAAAAUCAUCUGGAUGUCUCUUUUAGUGUUGCAUUGGCACAAUUCAGAUAACUGCCUUAAUCAACUUUUCCCCCCAGUAUUCAGUUGUGUAGCUCUAGUUCAUCCUGUCAGUGCCUGAAUUAAGGAUGAAGAUUACCUAAAUAUUAAGUGAUGGUUACACAGGCAAAACAACCUGAACUUUAGACACUGUUGUUUACAAUCUGAUAAAGAGGAUUUUUUGGCUCUCUAUAUGUUUAUUUAGAAGUAGUUUGUCAAGAUCGGGUGAUAAAUGUUACACACAUUGAACAGACAAUAACUCUGCUGUUGGUCUCGGAUUCUUCAUGACCUCAUAUCUAUCUCUUUAACAUGGUGCUUGUUCUUAUCUAUGGGAGUUUUUAUUGCUAGACCUGGAGAAGCAAAACUCUUUUCAGAGGUCUGUUGUUUAGGUCUUUAACUUUUUACUGGGUUUUAGAAAAACUAAACUCAGAGCACCAUCCUAAUAUUAAACAAAGGCAGCUCAUUGUUCAGCAGUGUAGCCCAAAUGGAUGAGUACCAGAAAGAAAGCUGCCAUUCUCCAUUACUGCUGGGAUCUACAUGCUGCCAAUGGACAGCUUAAUCCUCCUGAUGACUUUAAUAGACUUCCUUUUUAGGGCACUUUAAACAGUUUGUGGCAGUUUCUUUGCCAUAUGUAUGUCCUUUCCAGCCAUUUGGAGCUUCUGAAGCAGACGAUGUAGUAUGAUGUACUGGCCCCUCAUAAGAAGAAUGUAUUUUCUCCAGGCUCCCCAUCUCAUAGCUGAUACAUAGUUUAGAGGAGUACAGAACUGCUUGGAACCAUGACAUUCUUGGUGGCUGUGUGUGUUUUCAUCCAUGUAACUGCUAUGCCCCUUGAUUCUAUACUACCUAGAUACUGGCCCGUGAUAUAAAUAUCACAUUUUGCUGUCUGCUUAAAAUAUCUGAGUCCAUCACUCUUGUACUUAUUUAUUUUAGGGACCCGGUUGUACCAGUGCUGGCAUACGUCCUUUGAGGUGCACUUUUCAACAAAGAGACUGCCCUCCCAAAUUCAUUUGUGCCUUUCCUUUGCCCCUGGGCAUAAGGAUAAGUGAGUGAGUGAGCAUUAUGCCACUUUAAUAUCAGGAAUUAAGUUUCUGAACCCAAGUGACUGUACUUUUGUUACUUCUUUAUGACAGUCAAAAAUUCUAGGUAAGAACAUUUGAACAUUUAGCCUUUGUCUUUCAUAUGUGCAAUAAAUAGGCACAUGUACAACUUUACUUGUAUUAAUCAUCUAAAGCUAAAGAAAAAAUGUUCUCUUUAUCUAUUAGAAGGUUUUUCAAUCUGAAGAUCAGAUUCCAUUGCAGCAAUUACUGCUACCACAAAAAAUGUGGUCUGACAAAAGAGAUUCACAACUUUCACCAAUGCUACACCUAUUCAGCAAGAUUUACUACCACCAGCUAGAUUGUACUGUGACAAAGGAAUAAUACAGAUCCUUAGAUUUCUCUGUAACAAGGCUUGACCUUUCCCAGAACUGGGCAUAAAUAAUGACUACAGUGGAACAAAUUAUAAUGAUGUCUCACUGGCUUUUCCAUUAUAAAAGGGUUCAUAAGACAGAGAAUUAAGAUAUCAUUGUCUUUCAAUGAUAGCUGAUUUUCAGCUAUAUCAUUUUAUGGUUCAUAACAUUCUAUAAUAUUCUCUCCUUUCAACUUUUGUGGGCAUAAGCCUUGGGAAAUAAUUUAGCUGACUCAUACACUGACAGUGUAAAGACUAAGAUUUUAUUUUAAAUAUGUAACAGUGAUUUCAGAAAUCUGUGGCUUACACCUAGGAGUAUACCUGCAGUCUCCGUGUGAAAAUUUAUGUACACUCUAUGUAUGUAUUAGGACAAUAUUUUAUAAUUAUAGAACUGCAAUAUCCAAAGCUACUGUUAGAAUAAUUUUGUUAUAUGAAACUUAGCAUGCCUUAAUGUUGACUUUAAGGACAAGAGAAGCCUCUCACAGAUAAUGAAGGAAGAAUCUGGAAUCAAGCUCAGAAUGAAAUACCAUAAUUAUAUAGAUCUGUUUUGGUUGUUCAGCAUUCCACAGAUGUUUGAUUUAUUUUUUCAGCCUCUCAAUUUCAAGUUCAUAAGAUGCUGACAUAUUUAGAAAUUAUUUUACCAUGAAUUAUUAUUUUACUUCAGGGAAAUAUGGACAGCAGACUGUAUUUUCCUUUGCUCCAAGUUUUAGUAAUUCUCCUGUGUUUCAGGAAGAGCCAGACUUGUUUUCCAACUGCCAUUUUCAUGUUUCCCAGUCAGUCUCUGAACAAAUGUACAAAAAGCAAAGAUGGGCUAUUACUGUAUAGCAUAUUGAGAGUUUUUAUUUUGUGGUUCUCAUUCUGCUUUUUCUUGUCAAACAAGAAAAAAAAUUUGACGUUGACUAUUUGUUUUUGAUAUUCUAAAAGGGCAGUUAGUAAGAUUAUGAGCUUUUUCUUAGGGCAUUUGAUGCCUUUUUUGUUAAUAUCAAGUGUGUCAUCAUUUUAAAAUAAACCUAUAAAGAUGUUUUGUUGUAUUUGUUAAGUUUUAAUUAAAUCGGAACCUGUGAUGAUAGUUUGGUUUUUAAAUUAAAUAUUUGAAAUGCUCUCUCCAAUAAAAUCAAAAGUAAU